AUGAGCGUGAUAGAUAUCCUCACGCGGGUCGAUGCGAUCUGCAAGAAGUACGAUAAGUACGACGUCGACAAGCAAAGGGAUCUCAACGUCUCCGGGGACGAUGCCUUCGCCCGCCUAUUCAUCGAUGUGGAGAACGACAUCGAGGGAGCGCUUCAGGUGCAGCUUUUCAUCUGCCUGCCUCUCAUGUCGCUCAUGCUAUUCCGGUCGCCGUGGUCAAUUUUCAGGCGCCCCUCGCAUGAUAUUUUCGUUUCCUAAAUUCGAUCGAUGUGUUCAGAAAGCGGAAUUGGCGUCCAAGGAGAAGAACCGGGCGUCCGCCGUGGCCAUGAACGCUGAAAUCCGACGGACUAAGGCGCGGUUGCUUGAGGAGGUUCCGAAGUUACAGAGGCUCGCACUUAAGAAGGUCGGCACUCUUCAAUUCAACGUCUUCUUUUGGGCUGCGUUUUAUGACCACUGUAUUGAGACGGAAUAUCUCACCAGCCCAGGAACUCAUGUCCCGGCGUGUGAUUAGUUUGGCCUUUCCUAGGUGUUAAUUGCGUUUUCCUCUAAUUGUUGUUACCCGUACCCAGUAGUUACAUUGCUACGACUCCUAAUUUCCUCUUCAGGAAAAUUCUCCGAUGGUUCAAUUGUUUUCUAUAACAUAUAUUCAUUCCCAUUCAAAAGUAGAGGGUACGCCAGUGUAUGUUCACUGUACUCUCAAAAAACAUCCAUAAAACACGUUCAUAGUCUGCACCAAGAGGAUUCGAUUCUAACAUCGUCACCAUUAUGAGUACUUUUGUGGAUGACACGCAGGAAUUUUUAGAUCACAUUCACCUUAUGUUUAUACUGGUGACAGUGUUUUUCUCCGUGGUCUACUUGCAGUAUAUCUAUUAAAACGCCUUCCAUGGUGUUUUUGGGUUUCAGGUGGACUUUCUCUUCUUUCCUCUGCAUUCCCCCCGUGGGAUGCAUAUGCUUUGAGAACAUUCCUUUAGAGUUUUUCCGUUCUCAAAGGACUUUAAGCUUUGGGAAGAUUGAAUCUUGCCUUCAACCUUCUUGUAUUACUUUGGUCCUUUUCCAUCAGUAAUAUUGUUCUUGACUGUAUCAAAUAACUAUAGUUUUUCCAUUCGUCUUUAUCAUUUGUUUGUGAAUCUAUGAAUGCCUUAAGAUCUGUUCAUCAAGGCUCUCAAUAUGUUUAGAUCAAAAAGUAGAGUUGGAGAUAGAUUUAAUAGGAAAAUUCAGACAGCUCAGAACGCAUUGGGUAUAUUAGUGCAACCUGGACAAACACAGCAUAUAUUAACGAGGCAGGAAUAACCAAAAUCAUAAAUAGGAGAAAAAGUUUGGCUGAAGACAUAAAUUUUCAAUUCUCACGGUGAUGGUCGGUGGGUCAAUUGGGUUUGAGAUAUGCUUGGAAAUCCCUUAGUUCUCAAGAAAAUGUGUGCAAAUGGGCUAUCGGAGAUGUAUCCAUUUUAUGACUAUAGUGUGUACUAGUUAACUCUUCUUGGGGGGAUGAAUACAGGUCGAGAUUAUUGACUCCCUUUUUUAUCUCCUCUUGUUUCACGGGCGACAUCAAUAAUUGUGGUCUACCUUGAAUCCAUGGGAUUUUUUUUUGGAUCUUUUUCUUGUUUAACUUGUGUUACGCCACAUUAUGAUCCAGAAGUUUGGGAAGAACUUCGAUCCGCAUAGCUCUCUCUUUUUCUCUCUCUCUUUUCCUCAGCCUUGAUCUCUUACUCUUUCUCAGUUUUACUCUCUCUUGGUGUGAUAAGGGCUCACGUACGAUUGGUGCCUAUCCAUGCAAAAUAAUAAUAUUCUGACUAGGAACCCGAAUACAAUGCAUUUUCAAUAGAUCAUAUUUCGGUCUGUUAAUCCAUCUUGGGAAGAUUUUUUUUUAGAGUUAUUGCAUAAGUUUUCCUUUCUCUUUUCUUCCUGAUUAGACAUUUUCUUGUGGAAAUCACCGUGCUCAAAAAGUGCUGGUGUACAAAUGCUUCUGUUCCCAGGAUUUUCUAACAAAUCACUCUACUUCUAUACAUCUUUUACAGUGCAUCGGACUGUCAAAUAUAUCUUACCCUUUUAAUACUGCAAAACACAUUGGAAACUAACUUCUUUAUUUGCGAAAUAGCUUUUUUGGUUGAGGUCAGUGAUGAUGAUUUCUAGUGUUAGUAUUAUUGGGGAUUCUUCUCAAACUACUGCCUUAUAUUUUUUUUUGGAUACGUUACCCCCCUCCAACUUCCUUCACUGAACUCUUCUUCUUUCCAAGAAAUGUACACUUUCUGUCACGGUUUCUGCACCGGGGAAUUUAUGAUGUCAAGGUUAUUGAUACAUCCUAUUUCUGUUCUUUCCUUAACUCAACUGACUGAUGUCUGCAUCGUAAUUAUGUUUAUUUAAUAUGUCUUGGGUGCUUCUUAUGGAGAUGUCUGGUUCCACUGUGUACUGUAGCAUACUGGGAGAUAGUGUAUAUCUUGUUCUAGAAAAUGUGCAAUCUCUUGAAAAAAUUCUUCUUGCAGUGAUAUAGCAAUGCUUGGAUUAUUUUUUGUUUUUCAGUGUGAUGUGCUGUGCUGAUAUUUUUUGUAUUUUUCGUGAUCACCUGACCAUCUUUGAAGUCGCCAUUUAAAAUCUUAGGAUUCAGCGUAUCCUAUAUAAACCCUUUUUGCGAACAUAUCACAGGUUAAGGGAGUUUCAAAGGAAGAGCUUGCUGCGCGGAAUGAUUUAGUCCUUGCACUUCCUGAAAGGAUCCAAUCCAUACCCGAUGGGACAACAAGUGCUGUAAAACAGACUAGCCGUUGGUCAGCUUCAGCUUCAUCGUCUCACACAGAAAUCAGGGUUGAUUCCACAUCAGGUAAUUUUUUUCGAAAUUCUUAUUGGAAAUCGCUAUGAAUCAUUAAUUACAUGGAUUACUUCGUAUGCUAUUUCCAUUUUGUUACGCAGUUUCUCUCGCUCGCCUACAUUCCUAUUUUGGUUUUCCUACAUUUCUUCUCGAAUUUCUCCCAGAGCAUGAGUGAAGACUCUUGACACAACUGCAUACUAAAUCUUCUUCAUUUUAGAUAUGGUCUGGUACGUGAGAUUUUUAAUCUUGAGAAUGCUUUAUGCAUGGAAUCGGUUCCCCUUUUGAUGGUAUUCACGGGAUGAAACACUAAAUUAUUGAUAGUCUCACAGGUGAGGAAAGCAUGAUCGUUGUGGUGCCAAGAUCGGGGGACAAAAUCCUUCAGCUUAAUAAAAAGAUCAGAAACUACCUUGCUGUCAUUUUGUUGGAAUUCAUAGGAUACGUUUAGAUAUAGCCAAUUCAUAAAGGAGAUGGGUGAUAAGACAGUUAGGCAAGACGGGUGUGGUCUGGCAUUCAGGUCAAUGGGUCGCUGGAGAAAUCAAUUAAAUGUUGUUCUCUCAUUUAUUGUAAAAAUCCCCAAAAGGACGACUGGAAUAUGGGGAACGAGGCAAUCUCAUGAAAAAAAAAAAAUGUGUAGCAGGAAUUUUCUACAGUGAAGAAGAUCUAGUAUGUAAUUUUUGUUAAGUACAUCUAGGAACUGAGAAGAUUAGCGAUUCCAGUACUGGUACGGGUAAGCAUUUGGUUGCUAUUUAAUGAUGGCUUUGACUGCCCGUCCACAGACUUGAUAUUGCCAUUUCGUCUAAGACCCUAAGGAAUUUGGAAUUAGGGGUAUCUACUUCUCCAUUUUCAAAAGGUGCAUAUAUGCUCAUAUGCAACUUACUGUGGUUUACGCUUUUUUUUUUUUAAUUUUCCUUUCUUCGAAUUCAUUGCAGAUGGUAAGUUCGAGAGUGAGUACUUUCAGCGGACGGAAGAAUCGAACCAAUUUAGGCAAGAAUAUGAGAUGCGUAAAUUGAAACAGGCAAGCAUUGGCCUUGUGAUCGUAUUAAAUUAGUAUCAUGUUCGUUGAGUAAAAUAAACUUUCGUACAGUUAUAGACAGAUUUCUAUUGUUUCUCAAACCUUGCGCUGUUCUACGCAAAGGGGCAUCACAAUGAAUAUGAAACUCCAUUAAUAAGUUUCUUAAAUUUUGUUCCCGAAUGAAUCAGUUUGAAGGUUUUCAUGCGAUACGGAACGGGAGUGAUUCUAGUGAAGUAUAGUUUUCCUUUUCCCUGUGAGGUUUGAAGGAUUAAAUUGUGUCUCCACGCGCUCUUAAACCCACACUUAAAACCAGUGCUUGGAAGAUUUUGUAGCACAUAGAGCUACUAUGGAGAUCAAUCAUAGUAGCAGUUGUGGAAGUGGGAUGAAAGCACAUCUCCUGCUUGAAGUUUCUUUUCCGCAUGAAAUCGUUCAAAGUCUUUUCGAACAGUGAUUUGGCUAAGCAUCUGGCCUGAGUCAUUAUUUAACCGAUAUGUAAUCAUCAGGCCCUCGCCUACACUUGCUCAAAACUAGAUACGACGUAUACCAUGUAGAAUUUUCAAGGAACAAAAUUACCUUUGAUUUUUCUUGUGCCCAGGCAGUACAGGCCAUAGUGAGUUACUUCUCAUACCAUUGUUAUCCCAGAUUAACCAGUCGAUACUAGUGAAUGUAACGGCAAUUUUCUGAGCAGGAUCAAGGCCUGGAUGCUAUAGCAGAAGGACUGGAUACCCUCAAAAACAUGGCUAAUGACAUGAAUGAGGUUUGUUGUUUAUAUGAUUCAGUAUGUAACCUAAAGAACUUCCUUUGACCAUCCGAUUUACUGCAGGAAUUAGACAGGCAAGUUCCAUUGAUGGACGAGAUUGACACCAAGGUCGUAAUUUUAUUUUUUUUUGUGAUUGUUUUUUCUUUCCUGUUCCCGCCAUCCAGACUUCUUGGACAAAAAAUUAAAAGAGUUUCUCCCCAAUUGCAGGUGGAUAGGGCAACCGCCGAUCUGAAGAAUACUAAUGUGAGACUGAAGGAGACUGUUCACCGGGUAAUUAGGAGACGAAUGAAUUCUUCAGCCAUUUGGAGUUUUAGAUAUUUUUUCCCCCAUAAUUUCUUGUGAUGGAUCCUUUUCCUCUAUCAGAUGAGAUCUAGCCGCAACUUUUGCAUUGACAUCAUCCUCCUGUGCAUUAUCUUGGGAAUUGCUGCCUACUUAUAUAAGUAAGUUGUUCUUCCUUCUGAUGAGACCAUUCAUUUCUCAUUUUGAUCAUAUUUUAUUAAAAAAAUUAACCUAGUCGGGUCGAUCUUUCAUCUGGGCCAUCCGAUUGCAUGACCAAAGCGUCACUCCAACUAUGCCUUUAUAGCAUGGCUCUUCAGUCCACGUAAUCUCAAAAGUCUCUUCUUUGACCCGGUUCUUUGACCCAGAAAAUGGGUUGUUACCAUCUGAAGGCGUUCCUGUCUUUGAUGAAGGCCCAGCUUGAUAGAUCCCCUCCCCUAAUAGAGGAGAAACAGAUUCUUCCGUGAUGACAGGCUGGCCAAUCACGGGGACAGGUGAUGAAGAAUCAGUGGAAUUCAAGCACAUGCGCACAAAGUCAACGAGGAUUAGGAUGAAGUGCUUAGUUUUCCUAAAGUCGGCUCAGGAAACUCGCACAAACCCAACCUUUGACCUUUCCUCGGAUCUUCCCAACCCCAGAUGCCUUAAUUCCUCUGACCAAGAUAACUGAAUAUGCGUGCUUUCAUUGGCCCCCUCGUUUCUUCAUGAACUCGGUUCCAGCCUCUCAUCAUCUCUUUCUCCAACAAGGCCUAGCUCAAGUUGAGUCCGGGGAAGAGAGAGAGAGAGGUGAUGUUUGCCGCUGACCCCGUUGACUAAUGGUGACGAUGAUUUCUCAAUUGCAGUGUACUGAAGAAGUAA